AUGGGCCUCUCCGAUAUCCCGCCUCCCCAUGCGCCAGAAUGGCUGGUGCCAGCCUCGACGGCCAGUCUCUUCAUCGGCGUCUUCUUCUGGGACCUGACCUACAUCCUCAUGACGCGCCGCGCGCUGCAGACGCGCUCGUACGGCAUGCCGCUCGUCGGCCUCGCCAUCAACGUGUCCUGGGAGAUUGUAUACGGCCUGUACGUCGCCGAGAAUCUGCUGGAGAGGCUCGGAUUCAGUCUGUGGCUGCUGCUGGACCUGGGCCUCAUCUACACGACGGUGCGGUUCGCGCCUGAGGACUGGGCCUCGACCAACCGCGCCGUCGGCCGCAACGUCGCGUGGAUCCUGGGCUUCAUGAUCGUCGUUGGGUGCUGGGGGCAUUACGCCUUCGCUUCCUGGUUCUUCUCGGAGCCCGGCAUGGGGAGCGGCGACAAGACGGGCAAGCCUUGGCGAGGCAAGGACGGCUACGAUACCACCGAGUUGGCGUUCUGGUCGGCUGGCGUCGCGCAGCUGGUUCUCAGUGCGGAUGGUCUUGCUAUGCUCAUCGUGCGAGGUCAUUCGGGAGGAACAGGCUUCUUGAUCUGGUUAGUGAUUAAUCCAUUUCCGUAUCACUACAUUGCGCUGGCGCCAAUCUAUGCCCUCACCGCCGAAUCUACUUCAUGGGGCGUGAUGAAGGGUCACAGAAAGGAGACAUGGUUGGAGAGUGACACGUCACGCUUCAACUGGUGCAUCAUAUCAGGUCUACCUUUGGCAAUUUAUCGGAAGUCCGAUCCUGAAUGA